AUGGUCACACGAGACAGUCUAGGAAUUUCUGACCCCAUCACAUGGCUGGAAUACCUCGACCUGUGCCUUCAACUGGAGUCCAAGUUCAGGGCCGAUAAGGCAGGACAGCGUGGAACAGCACCACGGGCCCCGAAAGACCCCAACGCAAUGGUCGUGGAUAGAGUAUCCACCCUCACCAAGGAGCAAGAAGGAUGGCUGGAGAAGAAGCUGUGUGUACGAUGUGGGAAACACCCCUUCAUUUUUAAACAGCGAUGCCCAGACCCCAAGUACAAAGGCAAAUUCGAAAUGCCAAAGCGGGGCCAAGCAACAAGGGUGAUUUCUUCAAACACGGCCUCAGACAUCUCCGACGACAGCAAGGUGAGAUAUGAAGCAGUCCGUGCUUUCAUCGCCAGCUACGACGCGAAGGAAAAAGAAAAGGAGGCAGAACCGGAACCAGCUGUCGAAGCAGCUAGGAUCACGGAGGUAGAAGAUGAUGAGGAUUUUCUUCAACGGGUUCUCUGA